AUGUCGUCCCACCAAUCCAACCUGUCGUCGCAAACCCGCGGCAGCUUGACCCUCACCGCCUCGCAAGCGGGGCCUACCACUCUCCGUCUCAGGGCCGAGGCCGAGGCCGAACCUUCAGAGCGCCGUCGCAUUCAAUGGGCUGAGGAUGUGAUUGAUAAUGAAGGCAUGGGCAAGAAGAGCUCAAAAGUAUGCUGCAUCUACCACAAGCCACGUGAGGCUGGUGAAUCUUCUGACGAAGAAUCCUCGUCGUCUUCCUCGGACUCGGACAGCGAACCCGACACCAGCAGAGCUCAACCUGCCAACCGCCGUCGCAACCAGCACCAUCACCCUGAGGGCGACUGCGAUCACGACCACGCAGACCCUUCACACUCGCACACUUCUGGCAAAGGCAAGCAAAAGGCGCGAAAGCCCAGCCCGAAUGCCUAUGAGAGAAUUCCCAAGAAAAAGACCCCCAAGAAGGAAUGA